UGUUGCAUUUUUAAAUAUUUUAAGAAAGAAUUUCUUUAUUAUGAAAGAUAUUAUAUCGUCAUGAAAAAGAAAUAAUGAACGAACAUUCUUGUGGAUUUUUAUACUAUAUGAACGUGAGAAUGAAAAUGGUAGGAGAUAAUUCUACCUACGUGUAAAAUUUAGGAGAUAACUGCACCAUAUAAGAAACAAAAAAACAGAGAUUACUUUACAGUUCCAAUUCAUAUCUCGUGUAAUUAGAUACUAAUCGAAAACAUGUAUUGAUUAAUUUGUUGGUCAAAUGGCCAACAAUAAUAUUUCUUGUUCAAUUCAAUUCAAAACGAUAAGUACGUCCAGAUGUUCUCAUAUAUCAUGUAGUUUUGUCUUCCAUUUUUCAUAGUUUUCAUUUUGUGGUUUGUUGAAAUGUGUGAUGAUUUUGGAUUUUUUUUAUGUUAUAUGCCUUAGAUGUAAUCAUGACAUAAUAUGAGUUAGUUUUUGAAUACAUUGUGAAACUUACAUAUAUAUUGCAAUAUAUUUCUUAUUAGAAGUCAGUAAAUAAUAAUUAAAAAGAAAACUUUUAAGAAUCAAAAAAAGAUUUACGAUAAUGUAGUUUAAUCAGAAAUGUUUCUUUUUGGGUUUUGUAUUUUCUGUGGGGUUUUCGAAAAUGUUUAUAAGAAAUGUCAGUAAGAGAGAAAAUUAAAAAAGCAAAAGAAAUUCAUAUUUUUGUACAUGUAAUUUUUACAAAGACGUAGAAUAUAUUUCUUCAUAAUUUUUUUUAUCGCCGUAUCGAUAAGCAAAGUCGAUAUCGGAAAGAUUUUACUUACAAUAAUUUUUUCUACAUUAUUCAUUAAUGAAAUCGAUAAGUCAUUCAUUACAAUAGAUAGACGUUAUCACUGAAGAAACAUAUACUGAAAUGUUUGAUCGGACUGUAAAAUGUGCCCUAUGGUUAAUUUUUUAUUAUGAUUAGUUUUGCACCAUUCUUCGUUAUCUUCUGCGUGGGAGCAAUCUUUACUUCUUGGAACUCCACAAUGGAUAUACGUGAGGCAUGUUCCUUUCUAAAAUUAUCCAGUGCAAAAAUUGUCUUUGCGGAUGAAAAUUCGGUAAAUACGAUACUAAAAGUGGUAAAACUAGAUAAUAACAAUAUCAAGAUCGUCGUGUUUGGUAGGGCUCCAAAUGCUUUGCCUUUUCAAAUAUACUUGAAGGUCAUAUUAAGUCCGAUGUGGACAAUUUUCAAUGCACGAGCGUCGAUAGCAUUCACGAUACAGAUGGACUUCUCUAUUCGUCUGCAGACUGCUUUAUCCUACAUUCGAAGAAGAGAUGACAUAUAAAAUCAUAGAAAAAUAUAAAGUAAACCCAAAAGAUAUAAUGUAAUGUAAAAUUAUUAACCGGAAUAUUUAAUAUUCAGUUUGAAAAUGGAGGAUAAUUUAUACAUUGCUAAUGAUAUUCAUGAUAUAUGGAAAGUAAUACGAUAUGUUGCUUGUGUUCCGGGAUACUGCUAUUAAUAUUUAUAUAUGUAUCUUAAAUGAUAGUAUAAAUCAUCGAUUUACAGGUUACAUGAAUUUUCUUGUCUCCUAGCAUGGUAAAUAGAUUAUUAAGGUACUUUAAAAAGUAUAACGUAUCUAAUAUUACAAAAGUAUGUGUUGAUGAUUCUAUAUUUAGUUCAAGAAGUCAAAUUAAUCUUCAAAAAUUCUGUCCAAAUUCUUAUAUCAUAAAAAUGUAUGGUAAGGCAAAAAAAAUAUAUGUGAUAUUUUGGUACAUUUGUUCGAAUUUAAAAAGGAAAUUUGUCAACAUAAUGAUUUAAAGAUUGUUAACAAUG